UUGACAAAUUUGAACUUUGGGAUUUCAUUCGGAACUCGGCAGAAGUGAAAGAACAAAGAAGCAGUAAACAUUCUUCUACGGUUUUCACGAGUCAAGUGUGGGUCACUCAGCAUUCACAAACCGGUGAAUCCGAUACCAAUCCAAAUCAUAACUGAUACGAUACCAUUGAAGUUGUUGCAUGCCAAGACCGAGAACCAUGAGACCCAAUAUCGUUACUGAGGCAGGGUUGUCUACUAGGUUGAAUCAGUAUUGGGAAAGCAUUCCAUUUCUCACUUCUGCAAUAGUUAUUGUCUGUGGAGCAAUUUACUUUGUUUGUCUCUUGCUUGGAUAUGAUUCCUUUGCCGAGAUAUGCUUCUUGCCCUCUGCCAUUGUUUCCCAAUUUCAACUUUACAGGAUUUAUACUUCCAUUUUUUUCCACCUUUCGAUGCUUCAUGUUCUUUUCAACAUGAUGGCUUUAGUUCCCUUGGGGUCUGAGCUGGAGAGGAUCAUGGGAUCUGUUCGCUUGCUGUAUCUCACUAUUUUGAUGGCGACGAGCAAUGCUAUUUUUCAUGUUUUCAUAGCAGUGUUGGUGGAACAUAAUCCUUUUGUUACGAAUGUUUAUCUCAUGAAUGAGUGUGCUGUUGGGUUCUCUGGAGUUCUGUUUUCCAUGAUUGUUAUAGAGACAAGCCUCAGUGGAGUUCAAUCCAGGAGUGUGUUUGGGUUGUUUAAUGUGCCUGCCAAGUGGUAUGCAUUUUUUUUGUUGGUAGUGUUCCAGCUUCUCAUGCAAAAUGUCUCCCUACUCGGACACCUUUCUGGCAUUGUAUCUGGGUUUGCUUAUACAUAUGGUUUGUUUAAUUUCCUCAUACCCGGGCCAUCCUUUUAUUCUUCAAUUGAAGCCUCCUCCUGGCUUUCAUCAUGUGUGAGACGUCCUAAAUUUAUUGUUUGCACUGGUGGAAAUCCUUCGGGCUAUAUCCCUACACAUACAAACCAAAACUCAACAUCUGGUGGAUUAUUUUCUGGAAAUAUUUGGAGGAACCUAUCCUCAUUGAUGCCUCGAAGGGAAGUGUCUGCCCAGCCUCAGUCAGUUGAGGACAGUAGGUUCCCAGGGAGGGGAAGGACCCUUGGUGCUGUUCAAGGUCAAACUGCUUCUGGUCUUCAUUCAGAUUCAAAUCUUCAAGCUAGACUCUUGGAGGACCCUAGUCCUAAUCAUAUUUCAGAUUCACCCAUUCUGAAUACUACUCAAAGGUCUACUGAAGGAAGGCAUCCAGUCGAUAAUGUAGCUACAACAGGAGCAGGUGUUCCACAUCAUCAGGGAGUAGUUGUUUCAGAAGAAGAGAUUAAGAAACUUGUAGCAAUGGGCUUUGAUAAGACACAAGUGGAAGUGGCGCUGGCUGCUGCUGAUGGCGAUCUUAAUGUAGCAGUGGAAAUACUCAUGACCCAGCAGGGUUAAGACAUGAAAGCUUCCGUUGAUUUGGUAUAUAUCCUCUGUGCUUGUUGAAUCACUCAGUUUAGUCUUAGACUCCAUCACUAGCAGUUUGGUGGUGAUGCCAACACCAGUGAACAGAAUCGAACAUGUGUAAACCUCUAAUGCUGUGAUGUAUAACAAUGUUAGAAAAUGAUUAACCGAAGAGGUUGCAAAUAGAAGUCUGUGAUUAAAUUGUAAGCAUUCUGUUUCCCUCUUACCAUUCCCUCCCCCAUUCAAUAAGGUUUUAUAUAUAGUUUUGAGAAGGCAUCUAAUGCUA